AUGCCGGCGCUCGACCUCCGCCCCGAGAUGGCGCACGCGCACCAGCCCGUCAUGUCGCCGUCGCACCACGGCUGGGACGGCAAUGGCACCGUAGUCGUGCCCACCCCUAUGCCCAAGAGGCUGGACGGGAAGGUGGCCAUUGUGACCGGCGGCGCGCGGGGCAUCGGUGAGGCCAUCGUGAGGCUGUUCGUGAAGCACGGGGCCCGGGUGGUGAUCGCGGACAUCGACGACGCCGCCGGGGAGGCGCUGGCGUCGGCGCUGGGCCCGCAGGUCAGCUUCGUGCGCUGCGACGUGUCCGUGGAGGAGGACGUCAGGCGCGCCGUGGACUGGGCGCUGUCGCGGCACGGCGGGCGGCUCGACGUCUACUGCAACAACGCCGGGGUGCUGGGCCGCCAGACGCGCGCCGCCAAGAGCAUCCUCUCCUUCGACGCGGGCGAGUUCGACCGCGUGCUCCGCGUCAACGCGCUGGGCGCCGCGCUCGGGAUGAAGCACGCGGCGCUCGCCAUGGCGCCGCGCCGCGCCGGGAGCAUCGUCUCCAUCGCCAGCGUCGCGGGGGUGCUCGGCGGCCUGGGGCCACACGCCUACACCGCCUCCAAGCACGCCAUCGUGGGGCUCACCAAGAACGCGGCCUGCGAGCUCGGCGCGCACGGCAUCCGCGUCAACUGCGUGUCGCCCUUCGGCGUCGCCACGCCCAUGCUCAUCAACGCCUGGUGCCAGGGCCACGACGACGCCGGCGACGCCGACCUCGACCUCGACAUCACCGUGCCCAGCGACGAGGAGGUGGAGAAGAUGGAAGAGGUGGUCAGGGGCCUGGCCACGCUCAAGGGCCCCACGCUGAGACCCAGGGACAUCGCCGAGGCGGUGCUCUUCCUGGCCAGCGACGAGUCCAGGUACAUCUCCGGCCACAACCUCGUCGUGGACGGCGGCGUCACCACCUCCAGGAACCUGAUCGGCCUGUGA